GUGAACUUUUGGCGGGGCAAACAGCGGGCAGGCAUGAUCGACAAUUCAUCCACCGCGAUUUCUUUUAUAAACACACCCUCUUUCUCCUUCCACCAUUGAUCGACUUCACCUCUUUCAUACACAUUUGCUCAAGACUGACACAGCCAUCAUGAGCGUCAAGACUGUUCAGACCAAGCCAUUUGGCGACCAAAAGCCAGGAACCUCCGGCCUGCGUAAGAAGGUCAAGGUUUUCCAGCAACAAAACUACUCAGAGAACUUCGUCGCUUCCAUCAUCCUCUCCAUCCCCGAAGGUGCUCAAGAUGCCUUCCUCGUUGUCGGUGGUGACGGACGUUACUGGAACCCCGAAGUCACCCAGCUCAUCGCAAAGAUUGGAGCUGCGUACGGCGUGAAGAAGCUGUUAAUCGGCCAGAAUGGCAUCUUGUCUACACCUGCCGCAUCACACCUCAUCCGCGUCAAGAAGGCCACUGGUGGCAUUCUGCUCACCGCGUCACACAACCCCGGUGGUCCAGAGGAGGACUUCGGCAUCAAGUACAACUUGACCAAUGGAGCUCCUGCACCCGAGAGCGUCACAAACAAGAUCUACGAGACAUCAAAGACUCUUUCUGAGUACAAGAUCGCAGACAUCCCCGACAUCGAUCUGAGCACCAUCGGCACCAAGACCUACGGCCCACUCGAGGUUGAGAUCGUGCACAGCACCGAGGACUAUGUGAAGAUGCUCAAGGACAUCUUCGACUUCGACCUGAUCAAGAAGUUCCUCAAGAACAACCCAGACUUCAAGAUCCUCUUCGACGGUCUGAGCGGCGUGACAGGCAACUAUGGUGUUGACGUCUUCGAGAAAGAGCUUGGACAGAAGGGCAGCACACAAAACUGCGUGCCAAAGCCAGACUUUGGCGGACACCACCCAGACCCCAACCUCGUCUACGCCAAGUCGCUGGUCGACCGCGUCGACAAGGAGGGCAUCCACUUCGGUGCUGCAUCAGACGGUGAUGGUGACCGCAACAUGAUUUACGGUGCCAACUCCUUUGUGUCACCCGGUGACUCGCUCGCCAUCAUUGCACACUACGCCGAUCUGAUCCCCUACUUCAAGAAGCAAGGCGUCUACGGUUUGGCACGAUCCAUGCCUACUUCUGGCGCUGUCGACCUUGUUGCCAAGAAGAAGGGCCUGAAGAGCUACGAAGUUCCAACUGGUUGGAAGUUCUUCUGCGGUCUUUUCGACUCAGACAAGAUGAACAUCUGCGGCGAGGAGUCUUUCGGCACUGGCUCCAACCACAUUCGUGAGAAGGAUGGGUUGUGGGCGAUCGUUGCCUGGCUCAACAUCAUUGCUGGCGUUGGUGAGCAGACCGGCAGCACACCUUCCAUCAACAGCAUCCAGCACGACUUCUGGAACAUCUACGGCCGCACUUUCUUCACACGAUACGACUAUGAAGGCGUCGAGAGUGAAGGCGCCAACAAAGUCGUCGCACACGUGAAGGAGCUCAUCACAACCAAGAAGGACAGCUUCAUCGGUAGCGACAUCUACGGCCGCAAGGUCGUCGAGGCCGAUGACUUCAGCUAUACCGACCUUGACGGAAGCGUGAGCAAGAACCAGGGUAUCUACGUCAAGUUCGACGACGGCAGCCGCAUUGUUGUCCGUCUUUCAGGAACUGGCAGCUCGGGUGCCACCAUCCGUCUGUACAUUGAGAAGCACGAGAACGACAAGAGCAAGUACGGCUUGGAUGCUCAGGAGUACCUCAAGGACAACGUCAAGCUUGCCACAGACUUGCUCAAGUUGCAAGAGUAUGUUGGCCGCACUGAGCCAGAUGUCAAGACGUAAGCUGGUCUUACUGGCAAAGAAGAUACCCAAGUCAGGGACAUAGAGGGCGGCGUGUGAGAUAUGCAUGAAGCGAUGAUGACUCUUUUCAAACGUGUAGAUGUAGUGUGAUUGCAAAAGCGAAGCAUGAAUGAUAUAGCGAGAUGAUGAAGAAUUCCAACGACGACAGAAGAAUGACCACUUUGUCUGAUA